UUGAUAGCUUCGCUACCGCAGCUGUUACGGCCGCUUCUGUCUGCCCAGCUGAGAAGAUGACUGUGGGGAGGCCUGCGGGAGCCUCUGGCGGCGCUCGGAACCUUCAGAUAUUUCCCCCCAAAUCCUCCUCAGACACAGAGGCAGAAGAGGAGCUGUCUGGGGAUGGGCUGGUUUUUCCCAGGGUUAGCAAACUUGAUGAGUUCCUCAGCCCAGAGGAGACAGAUUCUACUUCUCCUGCCUCAACUGGGAGCUUUCAUGAGACCCUGCAAGUACUAAAGCAGAAAGGCAAGUGGUGCCUGUUGGAAUCCCUUUAUCAGUCUGACCCAGACAGUGAUGAGAACCUCUCUGAAGAUGAUGAGGACCUGAAGAAUUUCUUCCAAGACAAAGGCAGGGGGAAGCCACAGGUCCAGUACCUCCCGUCUCUGAGGUGUGUCUCCACAAGGCGCUGCAGUUCCCUGAGCAACCUAGCCUCCGACGUUGCCAAGGUUCCAUCCCAGCCACCCUCAGCCUCCAGGCCUCCUUCCCAGCACAGAAGCAUCAGCUCCUGGGCGUCCUCCAUCACCGUUCCUCAGCCGUUCCGUAUGACACUGCGUGAGGCCCGGAAAAAGGCCCAGUGGCUGGCUUCACCUGCCUCCUUCGAGCGUGAGAGGCAGCAGGCCCAGAGGCAGGGCCAGGAGGAGGCAGAGUGCCACCGGCAGUUCCGGGCACAACCUGUGCCCGCGCAUGUCUACCUGCCCCUCUACCAGGAGAUCGUGGAGCGCAACGAGGCCCAAAGGCAGGCGCGGAUCCAGAAGAGGAAGGAAGUGCUCCUCUCGUCCUUCAAGCCCUUCAGCUUCCUGGAGAAGGAGCAGCAACAAAAAGAAGCCACUCACCAGAGGGAAUUGGCUGCCACUGCUAAGGCCAAGGUCUCCAAGCCGAAAGCCACCAGAAGGAUCCCCAAGUCCAUUCUGGAGCCAGCCCUCGGGGACAAACUCCAGGAAGCUGAACUCUUCAGGAAAAUCCGCAUCCAGAUGAGAGCCCUGGACAUGCUCCAGAUGGCCUCCUGCCCCAUUACCUCCUCCAGUCUCAGGGCUGACCCACGGCUUCGCACAGCCACCCGAACCCAGGAGGAAAAGCUUGGGUUUCUGCAGACUGACUUCGGAUUCCAGCCUCGGGUGAAUCCUGCUGUCCCUGACUAUGAAGGCAUUUACAAGGCCUUCCAGAGAAGAGCUGCCAAGAGAAGGGACAUCCGAGAGGUGACUCGCAACAAGCCCUUCCUGCUGAGAACUGCCAGCCUGCAUCGCACUCAGCGGCCCUGUGAUGCUGCAGCCUCUGGAAAGAGGGACUCUCCACAGCCACUGGCCACACCCCGGCCAAGGAGUCAUUCUCUGAGUGGCCUGGCUUCCCUCUCUGCCAACACCCUCCCUGUGCAUAUCACAGAUGCCACCAGGAAGAGGGAAUAUGCCGUCAGAAGUUCACUUGAAAAGAAGGACAGAGCAGAUGAGAGUACUCAGUGGCUGGAGAUGCACAAAAAGAAGUGUCAAGCAAUGUCUAAGUCCGUGGCCUUGCGUGCAAGAGCCAUGGAUCCCCAUAAAAGCCUGGAGGAGGUGUUCAAAGCAAAGCUGAAAGAAAACCGGAAUAAUGACCGUAAAAGAGCCAAAGAGUAUAAGAAAGAAUUGGAGGAAAUGAAGAAGAGAAUACAAAUGAGGCCCUAUCUCUUCGAACAAGUUACCAAGGACCUUGCCAGGAAAGAAGCAGAACAACGGUAUCAAGACACCCUAAAGCAGGCCGGGCUGGAUGAAGACUUUGUGAGGAACAAGGGUCAGGGCACCCCGGCUCUACCCAGGCGGGAGCAGUCAGAAGUCCAUGAUUAUCCCAGCACCCAUGAAACUACAAAACUCGGCAUCAGAAAUCCACAGCAGGAUUUAGAAGAAUCUCUAGAAUAGCCUACAAGCCCCAAGAAAGAACUGGAGGAGCUAUCUUAUGAAUUGCUAGGUAAUCUCAAAUCACUUAUUUAAUCAGUACACUUAAAAGUACUGCUUUUCAAUAUUCAGCAGCUAACUUGGGAUUGAAUCACGACAAAACUUGGGUUUUGAGUCAUGGCUACUCUUGGAGAAUGGGGGAAAGUAGCAGAUAACAGGAAAUGGUUCAAGUAAAUCAAAGAGAAGCAGCUCAGGGUGGGGGAUCAGAGCCGAGUUAAGGGUUCUUGCCUUGUGCCUCAUAAACUAUAGGUACUUUAAAAAAGUGCACAAGCCCAAAUGGCCUACAGGGACUAUUCAGGAAACAAAUGGGUCAGACGGGCUGGGUGUAAGAUAGUAGAAACUGGAGUCUCUGCUAGAAUAGUUCCAGAAUUGUCAGAUCAACUGCAUUUUCAACAGAAGCCAGAAAUAUGCAUGUUGGCAACUAAUUAAAAAUUACUUGAAAAUAUUAUAUGAGCAAAACAAAACACCUCAGGGAUGACAAUUUCAUAACUUCUAGUACAGGGUUUUUCAACCUCAGCACUACUGACUUUUUGGACAAGAUACGUCUUUGUUGGGUGUAGGGAGAGGGCGCUGUCCUGUACACUGUAGGAUGUUUAGCAGCAGUCCCUGCACUCUACUCACUAGAUGCUUGGUACACCUCUUCGCAGUUGUGACAACCAAAAAUGUCUCUAGGUAUUGCCAAUGUCCCUGGAGCGGGUUGGGGGUGGGGGCAAAAUGUCCCCAGUUGAGAACCACUGCUCUAGUAUAAAAGUAAGGCUACAGAAAGAACUGGCAUUUUAAGAAUACAAGUAAUUAACAUGAACUCAAUCUACAUAGCACAGGAUGACUAUAUAUGUCAUUAACAAAUCAAGAACUAUAAUGUAAUUACUUUAUUUAAAAAGCAGUUUUUCCCAGUUAUAUGUUUAGAAUGUGCCACUGUGUGUGUGUAAGCAUGAGGUUCAUUUUAAAUAAAUUUGAAAUUUCUCUGACA